AUGUAUGAGCUGCAGUGUCACCUGGGCAUCAUGGAGCUCCCUCCAGUCUCCUUCUUGAUUACACUGGGCGACUUGUCCUCAGCCUAUGCACUGAGGUCUGAGCCCUUCCUUGUGCUGACGCUUAGCAAAUUGUGUUUUGUGCUGAGGCUGGUGGAGACCGACCAGAUGAAGCGGGCGCUGUGUGGAGUUGUGGAAGGCUUUGCCCGGGCUGCCAACCUGAAAUUCCACAUCAGGGACGAGAGCCCAUUCCCCAGCUGUCGGGCAGCCGACUACAGUUUCCAUAUGCUCCCUUUCUUUAAUCUCAUGAGCAGCAACUGGCUGACAAGUGAGGACCUGGAGCUGCAGCAGGCUGCAGUCAAGGCUCUGGGGCCUGUGAUGGGACUCCUUCUCCACCAUGAGAGGCGUCGCAGUACUGUUUUUGAGAGGCUCCCCUGUCUCCUGCAGCAAUACGAGGGAGGGGUCGACAAUCUUCAUGUCACCAUGGUGAGACGUUGCCUGGGAAGCCGGCAUUGGCCCAUGUCUAUAUGA